UAUAACUUCAUUUAUAACUUUCACUGCAUGCAUACGCUAUCAACAAUUAAUCCACUUAUCAGUAAUUGAUUCUACUCGUUACCUGUUAGAGUACAUUAAAGGACAGAGAAUGAAUUAGUAAAACAUGUGUAUGGCGCAUCUUUUCUUUGAACGCUUUGACUGACCCCAUUGUUUAAAAUUACGUACACAUAUAAAGAAUUUUAUCUACUUGUAAGAUAUAUUGAUAACUAGUUCGUGAAAGUAAAGAUUACAAAAAAGCGAAAUUGUGCGUAAGUGUUUACCGUAAAAAUGACAGCCGAUGGUAUAAGCAUAACCCAAAGACUUUCGUGGACCCUGAACAUCAUAUUCCAUCAGGCAGUAGCUGUAAUCACAGUGUAUAUUUUGACUACAGUUUUUGCAAGUUCGGAAGUAAAUUCACUAGGAACAUGGCAUAUGGUUUUGACUCCUCUUGGGAUCAUGUUACUCAUGAUGGAAAGCUUAAUUUUAUUCACAAAAGACAACAUAUAUACUUUACAUAUGCCAAGAACUAAGAAGCAUUACAUUCACAGUAGCCUCCAAAUUCUGAGUACAAUUUUGAUAACAACAGGAAUAGCAUUCAGAAUCAAGUCUAAAUCCGGACAUCAUUUUACCACAACACAUGGUAUAUUAGGUUUGUCUGCGUGGGUUUUAAUUUGGUGUUCAGUAUUUCUGGGAAUCGCAACAUCUCAGUCGCAAGUUUUGAAGAGGUUUGUCAAACCCGUUUGGAUUAAGCUGUGCCAUACGCUCAUGGGUGUUAGUGGGUUCACGCUGGGUGUUGUUACUUUGGGUUAUGGACUGAAAGAGUACUUCGGCAGGAUUUCGCACGAAAAAGUUAUUAUUGCGGCGAUCGUAACAAUGGCGAUUUUAUACGCUUGGGCUCUCCUUGACACUGUUAAAUCCAUAUACAAUCAAAUACGUAACAUAUUAGGUAAAUAAGUAUUGUUUAUUACUAGUAAAGCAGGGGCGACGCUGCGUUGUUCGUUCGGAGAGUUUAGAAAUAGAAUUCUGCCCUUGAACUGGUGAUAUCGGUCGUCUUAUUUUUAUUUAUUAUUUACUUGUUUUGCAUUUUAAAUAAAGUGGUAAAUCACA